GGUGCUGGUAACGAUAGGGUCCUCAUGAGCGUGCAGGAUGCGUCGGGAACGAACAACGCCAACUUUGCGACUCCUCCCGAUGGUCAAUCCGGCCAAUGCAGGAUGUACAUCUGGACGACGACGACCCCUAACCGCGAUGGAUCUCUUGAAAACGACAUCAUUGUGCAUGAGAUGACCCAUGGCAUCACAAACCGCAUGACGGGAGGUGGAACUGGUCGAUGCCUGCAGACGACGGAGGCUGGUGGUAUGGGCGAAGGCUGGUCAGAUGCUUUCGCUGAGUGGACUGAGCAAAAGUCGGCGACCCUCACUGACUACGUUAUGGGUGCAUAUGUGUAUAAGCCUGCUGGGAUUCGCAACUAUCCCUACUCUACCAAUCCCUCUGUCAACCCCUUGAGAUAUUCCAGCAUUGCAUCUCUCAACGAAGUCCAUAACAUCGGCGAAGUCUGGGCUAACAUGCUCCACAAUGUCUACGCACCCCUCGUUGAAGCGUACGGGUUCUCGACGACUGCGGCUACCAAUCCCGAUGGACCAGAGGGCAACAUCGUUUUCCUUCACCUUUUUAUUGACUCUCUUGCUCUACAACCUUGCAAUCCUACAUUCGUGAGCGCGCGCGAUGCUUGGAUCCAGGCGGACAAGAAUCGAUACAAUGGUGCCAAUAAGUGUUUGCUCUGGAAAGCGUUUGCCAGCCGUGGAUUGGGUGUCAACGCCAAGAACUACGUGGAUGAUUCUUCCGUUCCUAAUGAAUGCAACGCCAGUACUGCCCCCGCCCCAACUACCACGUCAGAAGCUUCCAUUCCGAGCGAGACUUCUACGCCCACUACCGAUCCAUCCAGCACGGAGGAGCCCUCUUCCACACCUGAGCCGUCUGCAUAG